AUGAUAAAACUACUUCUGCUUGCAUUUCUUGCAAAGAUAAUUGCGCUACUUGUGAUGUACAUACUGGAGUGUGCACUACCUGCAAAGACGAUUCUACAAUGGAGAAAAACCCAGAAGACCUUAAAGCAUGUAGGUGCAAAUCACCUAUGACUUGGGACGGAACUGUUUGCAAGUGUCCAGACGCUGGACAAAAAUGGUCUGGAACUGAUUGUAUAA